CGUCGGGUCUGUUCAGCCAUGCAGUCUGUGGCUGCUGAAACCCCUCUUCUCUUACUCCUCUCUCACUGGCUGAGGAUACUGGCUUUAUCCAAGCUGCAUUUAAUUGAAGGGUGCCAGGUUGUAACCACCUAGCAAGCAGGGCUAAUUAGCUCAGAAAGCUGUACUGGAGCAGGAGACUCACACAGCUACACCGCUGUCUAACGGACUGACUGGACGAUAGAAACACACAGAACUAGAUCUCCGGUGGAGGAAAGAGAGAGGGUGAGAGAGGGAGAGGAGACAUUUACAGGGGACUGUGUGAGAGAAUGAGAGAGAAGAGAGAGAGUUAGAAACAGCAGCAAGACUCAGAGUGUGAGAGGUGGAGCAAUAGGAGGAGGGGAGGGGAAGGGAGGAAACGGGAAAUGCAAAGCCAAGUGAGGGAGAGCGACGGGAAGCCUGCAGCAACAAAUAAGACUGAGGAACGAAACAGGAGAGGUAAAGAGAGAGAAGGAGAGAGAGAAGGGAUAGGGGGAGGGAGGGAGGUGGAAAAGAGGGGCCACGAGCAGGAGAGAGGGCUGCAGGGUGAAGGAGUGAGAGAAAAGUUAGAAAAGUGAGAGAGGGGGUCAGGGGAAAGAAAGAAAAGAGCAUGGAGAAAAACAAGUAUAGAAGAGAAGGGGAAACAAGAGGCAGGAAGAAAGGGGGAGGGAAGUCUUAGGUAAGAAAAAAAGAGCAGAGCUGAAAAAAAGUUUUGUUUUGCGGUGGAGUCAGUCAUAGAUGAGGAAAACAGCUUGAGUGAAUGGCUAGUUUGGAGUUGGAGAGCAGCGUGGAGGAGGAGGGGAGGAGGAGGGGAGGAGAAGGAAACCAGUUGUUGUUUAAGGCGUUUUCCACAGCAGCCUCUACUCUAGACGGACUGUUUUCAUUCUGACAUGUACUCAGACAGCACACGGAUGGGACACUAUAGAUUCAUUCAUCAAAACACAGACGACUACUGCUACUGCCUUCACUGUGUCCAAUACGGACCCACGCUGUACCAGGGAGGACCAGGGGGGUACAGACCACCACCCACACACCCAGACCACCCAGAGUUGGACCUCAGAGGAGACAUCAGCCUUCCUCCUUUCCCUGUGGAGCCAGAGGAUAUAGAACCUGGACUAGAGAAGUGUGAGAGAGGAGGUGAAGGAAGAGGAGAUGGUGGAGGGGGAGAAGGUGGAGAAGGAGAAGGUGAAGGAAGUGGUGCUGAAGCUGGAGCUGGAUGGGGUGUAAGUGGUCACUGUGCCCCACAGAGGAGGCCAGUGUUCACCGGGCCGGGUCAGCAUGGUCAACCUCAGCCAGGCCAGUUUAGCCCCAGCCACCCCUGGAACUACAACCCUGCCCAGUGGACCUGCCCAGUGGAGUCUGGCCUGGGUCUGUUCUACUCCCCUAUGAAAGAACAGUGUGGCUAUGUGGGACAGGGUGGAGGUGGCACUGCUGGGACAGGGAUCGGGACAGACCCAUUCAACAGCAAUAGAAACGCGUCAGCCUCAUCACUCCCCCUGGACCCGGCAAACACACAGUUCAGGGGUCAGCGGACCAAACACAGACAGGCUAGCUACAGCUACGGUCCUGAGAAACCGAUCUGGGAUCAGUCAAAAUACAGACUAGAAAGACAGGCUAGCUAUAGUCCACAGGAGCAACACAGACAGGCUAGUCUCGGUUUAGAAAAGCAGGUCUGGGGUCAGUCGAACCACAGGCUAGAAAGACAGAAUAACUUCAGUCCACAAGAAAUAUACAGCCAGGUUAGCUACAUUUACAGUCCAGAAGACAAGCUGACACAACGACAGCUAGUCAGCUACAGUCCAGAACAAAAGGUCUGGGGUCAGUUGAAACACAGGCAGACUAGCUACAGCUACAGUCCAGAAGACAAGCUGACACAACGACAGCUAGUCAGCUACGGUCCAGAACAAAAGGUCUGGGGUCAGUUGAAACACAGACAGACUAGCUACAGCUACAGUCCAGAGGAACAGGUCUGGGGAUAUGCUGGAGAUGAACAUGAUCAUUUGGACAGGUGUGUACCGCUUGAACAAAGAGAAUUACACCCUCACAUGCCAAAUGGACAUAGUGGUGGUGGUGGUCCCAGCCCCAGGCAUGUGUACUCUCAGGGCGUGGGAGAUAGAACUAACUACCAGGAGAGGACUACUAGAUUAAUGGCUGGGGGAGCUGUAGGUGGGGCAGGAGUGGACAGCUGUAAUGGACAACAUGUCCCUGCUGGCUCGGGCUCUGUUCAGAAGACUUUCUUUUCCACUGAAGUCCCCCAGAAACAGUUGGUCAGCCAGCCCAGGCAGAGGAGUCAUUGUGGGCCUGGCCUUGGCCAUAGAACCCCAAGUCAUGGAGCUACUGGACCAGUGCAUGGAGCCACUAUAGGCAGGGAAGAGAGAUUCAACCAAAGGGCCAAACAGCCAGCAAGCCAGGGAGUCAACCAGAACCAGGGAGGAGACCCAGACGUAGACCCCCAGAGACAGAGGGUGAAGCAUAAGGAUGGUCAGGGUUCAGUCCGGAAAAGCCAGUGUUCGGUCUGGGAGAACCAGUGUCAUGUCCGGGAAAACAAGGGUUCUGUCCGGCAGAAGGAGGGCUUGGUUCGGGAGCAGAUCAGACAGGUGGUGUCAGACCUGGAGGGGGUCCUGGCAGGUCUCAAACAGGUCCACGUGGAGAUGAAGGAGGUGGUUGAACAGAUUGAUCUGCUGACAGCUAACAUUGACCUGGAAGAGGGAUCAUGUAACAGUUCCCCUCAUGGUGGUGACGCCAUCCCCAACCCCAGAGACUGCAGAGUCCUGAUGUAUAAUCAGAAGACUAGUACUGGAGAGCAGAUGUAUACCCACAAGAUCAGGACUGUUGACCUGAAGACUAAUGGAGACCAGGGAUUACUGUACAGAGACCCUGACCAUACUGUCACCAUACAAACUACCACUCCGUCCCAUGUCCUCACCGCAUCAGUCAUCAAAACCAACCGGGUUGGCGUCACAGCCCUGAGCCCCCUGAGCCCGAGCCCUUCCAAAGACUCCAAACAGGAAAGACGCGGGCUCAACAAAGACCCUCCUAUACCUGGCCCUUCCAGAGACAUAAACCAUGUGACCCAGACCCCUGGGCUAGAACAGAUUCCCUCCCUACCCCUACUAUUACCGACCCACACCCCUAUCCCCACAGCCAUGGUUGGAUACAGUGUCCCAUCUCGUAGGAGCCAGAAACCACCACUGUACCCCCACCCCAACGGACGGAUGGAGAGGCUUAAUAAGGGUCUGGCUCCACCACCCUACCCGGCCCAGUCAGCCCUGCCGGUCCUGCCCCACCUGGCCCAGCCACCCUACCCUACCCACCCUAACCACCCUGCCCUGCCUCCCAGUGCCCUGAAGACACCCCCAUACCUGGAGAAAAGCAGACCGAGCUCCAGCAUGGUGUGAGGGGACAGCCUCACUUCCGUGGGGGCCGGGAACAUAUAUGACAAGGACAGACCUACACUGAGAGGUAGUCUGAGAGGGACUGACCAGGGACAUGGAGCCCUGACGUGGUGAAGAGAUUACUUCAGUCAGUGGUGGACACAGAGACAGAGUUUGGCCUGAAGAUGGGGUUAUUUCCAAGGGUGAACGCUCUAGACAGACAGGAGGGGAAGGGGAUUCCACAUUACAGAAUGAGAUGCACGGACCCGAGACACAGUAUGCAGCAAGCACUUCAACCUAACAUAUAUAACUUAAAGCAGCAAAAAGACACAUUUCUGAUACAAGUUGGACAAUAAAGUAUUAUAUUCAUAACUCAACCCUACUUGAAUUAUACAACGAAGGUUAUCAACCAAAGAAUCUGUAGAAAAAUGAGAAUCGAUGUUGGAAGUUAUAUGAUUAUAGUAUCUAUAUUCAUGUUUAUAAAUAUUUAUUUUAAAAUGUUCUGAGAUAUUAGAAAAUUGUACUGUCUGAAACAUCCAAAUAGAAAUACUUCCGAUUGACAACUGAAUGUCUUACAUUUGUUACAAUUGUGUAUGGAUUAAAAGACAACAAUGACCUAAUAAUGGACAUUGAUUUUGAUUUGAAAUUAUUUAUGUUCUGGUUUGGCACCAAUGGAAGACAGUAGUCUGUCUCAGUAUGUUUCUUCUCCACUUGACUCUCUGAAUUUCAUGGCACUAGGGUCUAAACUGCCUUUGCCUACAUCCCAAAUUACACCCUAUUCCCUAUAUAGUGCACUACUUUUGAUCAUAGCCCAAUGAUGGGAGUCAUUUGGAACGCAACCUGUAUGUCUCUUGCUGUCUUUAUGCCAUGGCACAGACUGCUGUGUGUUGGAGCCGUCUGCACGUAGGCCUGCUAACCUCUCUGUCUCUCUGUUUAUUUAAGUCUUGUCUGAGAGCUUCACCAAUUCUCUCCCAGAUACUCUGCCCCUACUUUUAGGUUUCUACAGUACAUACGGUCAAGCUCUGUGUCUCAAUAUCAGACCUAGGUUCAAAUGCUACUUGCAAUCUUUCAAAUACUUCUUUAGAUAUUUCCUCUAGCCUGGCUAAAGUUCCAGAUGGACGGGUUUUACAGUUUUGAAACUAUUCUAUUGGGCCCAGUAAGCCACGCAAGCUCAAUCAAGCACAGAUAAAGUGUUUGAAAUAAUUUCAAAUAGUAUUUGAAUCCAAGUCUGCUCAGUGUCCAGCUCUCUCUGUGGUUUACAAACCCUGUUUCCUCCUGUCACUCCAGUCUCCUCCACCCUCACCACAGCUCUCUUUCUCCUCUGUUGACGUCAAGCCCUGUUGACCGAUGACGAAUGUACUGAGUGUGUACCACUACAAACUGUUAGUCACACCCGCAGAAACGCCACACGGCACAGUAGUUACGUGUCUCUGGCCGUGUCUCAGACGCUGUGUCCAAAAUGGCACCCUAUUUAUUCCAUAUGUAGUGCACUACUUUUGACCAGGGAUGCAGGCUCAGACUGUCCUGGAAAGAGUAAUUGUGUGGUGAUGGGGCGAGAGGGGAGAGGUUGUGAGUAGACCCUAAGCCACUGAGGAUUAGGGAGAGCCACAAGGUCAAAGACGCACACACAUCUGUUCUAAGGUUCCCUUAGCAGAGGUAGCCUACUUUUAGUCACUUGCGGGAAAACCUUUUGGAUGUUCAAAUUAGUUCGAAACUAAUGUGCACUGUUCAACCACAUUCUAUAUGGUUUCCUUAUCAUUCAAGCACUUAUGCAAAAAAAUAAUUACAAUGUAGAAAUCUUCCAAAUGAUGAGAAACCACCUCUCAUCCUAUUCAAUAGCUAAGCAUGUUUGGUCAUUAAGUUGCUCUCAUACUUCAAAAUUGUGUGACUUUUCUAGUUCUCCUAUUCUUUUGCAUUGUUUUACACAAAUACAUAUUUUGAUUUGUAAAGACAGGCCAUGGAGGCCCAGGUCAGAAUAAAACAUUUAAAUCUCUUCUUCAAA